UUUUUUUUGGGUCGUCAUUUUACCUUUUGAUAUUUAAUUCCUCUUAUCUCCGAUCCCAAGUUCCCAUUUUCUUCCCCUCGAAAUCUCACCCGUUUUCUCGAGAAAAUUCAAAGUAUAUGAGUGGAGAGAACUCUGAAUUUAGCUCUGGAAAGUCAUGUGCGAGUCCACCAGAACCUCUCGGUUUCAAUUUUCAGCAUAAUAUGGAGAAUAAUUCUCCCCAAAAUUUCUCUUUUUUCUUUCUUUUUAUGUAAUCUGACAUAAUCUCGAGAAUUCCCCUCCACCAUUUUUCUAUGUUAUGGAGCUGAGAAAAUCUUCAAUCAACAGCUGCCCGAUGAAAAAUUCCUCUCCGUUCACUACUUGCCGUCGAUGAGGAGCUCCAGAUUUCAAAUACCCAUGAUUGAGGCCUAAUUACUCUGUCACUCGAGGCAAUUAGCUCGAGGCAAUUCGGGGAAAAUUCUUCUUUUGGAAACUGGAACACGAACAGGCUCCAAAAAAGGAAAAUUUAACAUGGUUUCCGGAGGAAACAGCGGCAGUGGUCCUGGCCGUGCUGAAGAAGCAGCGUCCUCAAGUCACCGCAGUCUCCACACAACAACUCAUAAUAACCGGAGAGAACAAGCUCAAUCUUCGGGUACAAAAUCUCUUAGGCCGCAAAAUCAGCCUCAGAGCCACACAGAUUCAAUGAGCAAAGCUAUCCAGCAGUACACCGUCGACGCGAGACUCCAUGCCGUCUUCGAACAGUCCGGCGAGUCCGGCAAGUCGUUCGACUACUCACAGUCCCUCAAAACGACGACGUACGGAUCCUCUGUACCUGAACAGCAGAUCACGGCGUAUCUCUCCAGGAUCCAGCGAGGAGGCUACAUCCAGCCCUUCGGAUGUAUGAUCGCCGUCGACGAAUCCACCUUCAGAAUCAUCGGCUACAGCGAAAACGCGCGGGAAAUGCUAGGGCUUACGCCUCAAUCCGUUCCUAGCCUCGAGAAGCCGGAGAUUCUAGCGAUGGGAACGGAUGUGCGCUCUCUCUUCACGGCGUCGAGCUCAAUUCUCCUCGAGCGUGCGUUCGUGGCUCGAGAAAUCACGCUGCUGAAUCCGGUUUGGAUCCACUCGAAGAACACUGGUAAACCCUUUUACGCAAUUCUCCAUAGAAUCGAUGUUGGGGUCGUCAUCGAUUUAGAGCCAGCUCGAACCGAAGAUCCAGCGCUUUCGAUUGCCGGAGCAGUCCAAUCGCAGAAACUCGCGGUUCGCGCGAUUUCACAGCUACAGUCGCUUCCCGGUGGAGACAUUAAGCUUCUCUGUGACACUGUUGUGGAAAGCGUCAGAGACUUAACUGGAUACGACCGUGUAAUGGUCUACAAGUUUCAUGAAGAUGAGCACGGAGAAGUUGUCGCCGAGAGUAGACGAGACGAUUUAGAGCCUUACAUCGGUCUACAUUACCCGGCAACUGAUAUUCCUCAAGCGUCACGGUUCUUGUUCAAGCAGAACCGUGUCCGUAUGAUCGUAGAUUGCCACGCCACGCCGGUUCUUGUGGUCCAAGACGAUAGGCUCACUCAAUCUAUGUGUUUGGUUGGUUCUACUCUCAGGGCUCCUCACGGAUGUCACUCUCAGUAUAUGGCUAACAUGGGAUCGAUUGCGUCUUUAGCAAUGGCGGUUAUAAUAAACGGCAAUGAAGAUGACGGAAGCAAUGUCGCUGGUGGGAGAAACUCGAUGAGGCUUUGGGGUUUAGUCGUUUGCCAUCACACCUCUUCUCGCUGCAUACCGUUUCCUCUAAGGUAUGCUUGCGAGUUUCUAAUGCAGGCAUUUGGUUUACAGUUAAACAUGGAAUUGCAAUUAGCGUUGCAAAUGUCAGAGAAACGUGUUUUGAGAACGCAGACACUGUUAUGCGAUAUGCUUCUUCGUGACUCGCCUGCUGGAAUUGUUACACAGAGUCCUAGUAUAAUGGACUUAGUGAAAUGUGACGGUGCGGCGUUUCUUUACCAUGGAAAGUAUUACCCGUUGGGUGUUGCUCCGACAGAAGCUCAGAUAAAAGACGUUGUGGAGUGGUUGCUUGCGAAUCACGCGGAUUCAACUGGAUUAAGCACAGAUAGUUUAGGCGAUGCAGGGUAUCCCGGUGCAGCUGCGUUAGGGGAUGCUGUGUGCGGUAUGGCGGUUGCGUAUAUCACAAAAAGAGAUUUUCUUUUCUGGUUCCGUUCUCAUACUGCGAAAGAAAUCAAAUGGGGAGGUGCUAAGCAUCACCCUGAGGACAAAGAUGAUGGGCAACGGAUGCAUCCUCGUUCUUCUUUCAAGGCUUUUCUUGAAGUUGUUAAGAGCCGCAGUCAACCAUGGGAAACUGCGGAAAUGGAUGCGAUUCACUCGCUCCAGCUUAUUCUAAGAGACUCUUUUAAAGAAUCUGAGGCAGCUUUGAACUCUAAGACUGCAGAUGGUGCUGUUCAGUGUAUGGCAGGAGAGCAGGGGAUUGAUGAGUUAGGUGCAGUUGCUAGAGAGAUGGUUAGGCUCAUCGAGACAGCAACUGUGCCGAUAUUCGCUGUGGACGCUGGAGGCUGCAUCAAUGGAUGGAACGCUAAGAUUGCGGAAUUGACUGGUCUCUCGGUUGAAGAAGCCAUGGGGAAGUCUCUGGUUUCUGAUCUAAUAUACAAAGAGAAUGAAGAAACUGUCGAUAAACUCCUUUCUCGUGCGCUGAGAGGGGAAGAAGACAAGAAUGUGGAGGUAAAGCUGAAAACUUUCAGCCCUGAACUUCAAGGGAAAGCAGUUUUUGUGGUUGUAAAUGCGUGUUCGAGUAAGGACUACUUGAACAACAUUGUCGGCGUCUGUUUCGUCGGACAGGAUGUUACUGAUCAGAAAAUCGUAAUGGAUAAAUUCAUCAACAUACAAGGAGACUACAAGGCCAUUGUCCAUAGCCCUAAUCCGCUGAUUCCGCCAAUCUUUGCGGCGGACGAGAACACGUGCUGCCUGGAGUGGAACACCGCGAUGGAAAAUCGAGGAUCAGAAACAGUUCUUGAAACGAGUGUUUCUUGCGAGAAGCAGAUCUCGAGGAUUGUCAGUGACAUGGAUCUUGAAGGAAUUGAAGACGGUUCAUUUAAGCUAGAGAGGGUGGAGUUUUUCCUCGGAAGUGUCAUAAACGCGAUUGUAAGCCAAGCGAUGUUCUUACUAAAAGAGAGAGGUCUCCAGCUGAUUCGUGACAUUCCUGAAGAGAUCAAAUCUAUAGCUGUUUAUGGAGACCAGACAAGGAUUCAACAGCUCCUGGCUGAGUUUCUGCUGAGUAUAAUCCGGUAUGCACCAUCUCAAGAGUGGGUAGAGAUCCAUCUAAACCAAGUUUCAAAGCAAAUGGCUGAUGGAUUCUCCGCUAUCCGCACAGAAUUCAGAAUGGCGUGCCCAGGUGAAGGUUUGCCUCCAGAGCUGGUCCGAGACAUGUUCCAUAGCAGCAGGUGGACGAGCCCUGAAGGGUUAGGUCUAAGCGUAUGUCGAAAGAUUCUAAAGCUAAUGAAUGGUGAGGUUCAAUACAUCCGAGAGUCAGAACGGUCCUAUUUCCUCAUCAUUCUCGAACUCCCCGUUCCUCUGAAACGCGCUUUAUCAACCGCUAGCGGCAGCGGCGACAUGAUGUUGAUGAUGCCAUAGUAGUCACGCAUAUAUUGGCAACGAGAGUUUGUAUCAUUGUAUGUGUAUGUGUGUGUGAGUCUAACGACACCGGAGGAAGAUAGAGAGUUUUUUUGUUUCCGGUGAGAUUAGUAGAGAAGAGGAAGGAUAUUGUUUGCGUUUGGCUCGCCGGAAAAGAAAAAUGUAACUGUAGUUAUAGAGUCUGCAAGACUUGUUUUCUUUUGUUUGCCCCGUGUAUAUUGAUAACACCGAGAGAGGGAAAAGAAGGAGAAAAGAAGAGAGAUAUUGAUCGAUUGAUCAAUCCAUUUUAAUUGUUACUUGUUAUUUCAAACAAAACUCAAGGCCAUGGCCGGAGCUUAUCU